GGAUCGGAUUGGGCGCAGUAAUUUGGGACGGUAGCACUUUCGGCUAAUCAAGGGGUGUCUUUGAUUUAUUGGGUUAAUUGUGCCAGAAGUCCUGCAAAAAAGACUCGAGGAAUACUACGCAAAGAGCAUAAUGUUAUGAAAAUGGAUGAAGCUACAACGUCCGAAGAACCUUCGUCGGCCCUACAGUCUCAUGAGAAUUUCUGGAUUUCGCAGACAGAUAACAUCAACAAUAUGAAAUAUAGUGAUUUUAAGACGCAGGAAUUGCCCCUUGCAAGAAUCAAGAAGAUUAUGAAACUUGACGAGGAGGUUAAGAUGAUAAGUGCCGAAGCCCCAGUUCUGUUUUCCAAGGCAGCUGAGAUGUUUAUUGCAGAGCUCUCCCUCAGAGCGUGGCUGCACACAGAAGACAACAAAAGACGAACAUUACAGAGGAACGAUAUUGCCAUGGCGAUCACCAAGUACGACCAGUUUGAUUUUCUCAUCGACAUUGUGCCAAGAGACGAGUUAAAAACAACCAAGAGAACGGAUGGUCAAGUCCAGCAAGCAGCCAUGAUGCCAGAGCAGGUCCAGUACUAUUUCCAGCUAGCUCAGAACCAAUCCACUCCGACGUCCACCGCAGGAGUCACCGCCAGCGCUGCUACAGUUAUACCCCAGAAUCUUGGCACGCUCAUUGCUACCACACAGCCUCAACAGUUGCAGACAGUGCAGGUGGCAGGCACUGACCCUCAGGUGUCUACAGCUCAGCUCCUCUCAGCGCAGGGGACGCCCAUACAACUACAGCAAACGGGACAGGCUGCUGGUAACAUCCAGCAUAUCAUUACCAACACGGGAGAGAUCCAACAGGUCCAGUUACCUGUUGGCCAACAAAUACAGUAUGUAAGGCAAGCACAGGGCCAGCAACAGCAGCAGGGUAUACAGCAGACGGGACAAGAAUUUGUCACCCAAAUCGCUAACUCUCAGCCGCCAAUCUACCAGAUCCAGACACAAUCAGGGACCCAGCAAGUGUUUCUACAACAGCCAACAACGACGACCACAGCCACUGCACAAUAAACUCAAAAAGUCCAAGUACCUUUGAGGAGUGACUCGUGAAUAAAUUCAUUCUCAGAGAAAUGUACAUGCAAACAAAUUGAAAUGAAAAUUAUUAGGUGAUAUUAGAAAAUAUAAGUUGAUGAAAUAACUUAUUUUAGUUUCACUGUCGGACAAAAUAGAGAAGCAUUAUUGAAAUAAAGGUUAUGCAUGUAUGUGCUUGCACAGAUCUCGGUUGCAUAUAAAAACAUUUUGUGGGUUUCCUUUAGAGAAAAAUGUGAAUUUCUUUUUUCGCCUAUUAGCAAACAGACGUUGAAUUUUCUCAAGAUGGACUGCUGACAUUUCUUUUGUUCUUUGAGCAGGAAAAACAAAGAAACUUAUACCUCAAGUUAAUGAAUGCAUCUGUAGAAAGAAAAUCUCAAAAAUAUCACACAUUAAAUUAUGCUUUGAUUGUUUUAAAAUGCAUUUGUAUAGUUGAUUUUGUACAUAUAACUUGUUUAGCUGUUCUGCAAUUUCUUUCUUUUUUUAAAUUCAACUAUUACUUGCAAAAUAAUGGAAUUAGGGCUAAAUUAUUUCAGUAAUAAUUCGAAUUAUAAAACAAAAAGCUCAUGUAGCCUUUGGAAAUUUUCUUUCUAGCUGAGGACUGCAUUUUAAACUUUUGUAAGAUUUUUCACUAUUUAAUGUACACAAGGCAGGAACGUUGACAAAAUAAUAAAAAGUCAGGAUAACGGA